AUGGCGGCAGGAUCUAGCGACAGCAAAGGCGCGGUGUUCUUAGAAUCAGAGAUCGAGUUCAUAGCGGAGAACGAGCUCGUGUCCAUCGUGCCCAACUUCCGAGCCGACGCGCUGCACCUCCACGCCGGCGACAUUGGGCCGUUCAGGCCUCAGAGAUUGCCCUGCAGGUGCCCCUAUGGCUGGCCAUUGCGCUCAAGAGGCGCGCCAAGUGCUCCAUCCAGCCGCCCCCCUGGCUUGCUGCAGGUGACCCGCAUCCUCAUCCCCACUUGCAAACCUCCAUGUCUGCGCAGCCCCCUUGUCCUCUGCCUCUUCCGCCCCUCAUCUGCUUCACCGCGAGCCUUUCAAGCUUGA